UCUCAAUUCAUUGAACCAUGGCAUCGUUUAGUUAUCAACUCCAACAUCUACCGAAAAUGGAGUCCGAAAAUAAGACUUUCCAACUGUGGCGGGACUACAUGAAGCUAGCGGACGCAGUGCGGGAGAUGAAGUUAGGGAACUUCACAUCAGAACCGUCAACRGUUGACGGUCAUCACUCCAGUAUAUGCUCGACCAUGGUGGAAUUUGAACAGUUCCCGCCGCGAGCCUUGCUGUCGCCGAUAGCACCGGUGGCGACACCACCUCUYCGYCACGAAAAGGAACCCCUGGGUUCCAGCAUUGUCCCCUUGCMUAAAGACGCUCCUUUACAUCCGAGCCGCAGCGAGGGUCCCGAGCCCCCUACAGCAGCAUCCAGACCCUCCGRGGGCACCCGGGGCCAGAGGGAGAGAAAGAAGGCGACCCGCUCCAAGACGCCGGAGGAAGUGCCAUCGCCUGAGCGCAAGAUCUGCAGCUUCUGCAAACACAACGGGGAGUCAGAGUCUGUGUUUGAGUCCCACAGUCUCAAGAACCAGGAUGGGGACGUGGUGUGCCCGUACCUGCGGCAGUAUAUCUGCCCUCUCUGCGGGGCCACCGGGGCCCAAGCCCACACCAAGCGCUUCUGUCCCCGGGUGGAAACCACCUACAGGUCGGUCUAUGUCAAGUGAUAGAAGCGCUAGCUCUGGUCCAGGCCGUUACUGCGCUACCCUCUAGACCUACUAACAUAGUCAACUUGUUGUUGCGAGAUGGGUGGGACCAGAGCUAGAGAAGCGCUGAAGAGACUGCUGUUGUGUUGGCGACUUCCUUUAGCGUCUCUAACACACUGGAUGCGGACAGUUGUAAGAGGAUUUACGAGUGGAUAUUUAGCUUAGAAGUCGUUUGGAACAGGCUGACUAGUUUGUAGACUAUGUAAUAGCCUGUUAGUCGUGUGAUUUGUUUUAUUUAUUGCCUUUACUUUUUCUCGUG